AGGGCUGGAAGCUUAGGACGUUCUUUCUGUCCUAGAGUAAAGCAGAAGGUGGGGGAGAUUUUGGAGGAGAAGGGGAGGCCAGACAGAGGGGGGGCGUGUGCUCCUCUGGAGUUUCCUUUUUCUUCUAGUCCUUGCGCGCGCAGUCAUCCCUGUGGUCUGGCGAUUGUGGAUCGUGGUGGCGAGGCUCCAUCCCCGCCGGUGGCCAGAGGCUGGGGGCUGGGGAGACCUCCGCACAGAAGCGGUGCCCAGGAAGUUUUCCGACGGAGAGGCAGCAGUGCAGCCCGAUUGCUGCCGCGCGGGAGCCCAGGACCCAGGCCACCCAAUCUCUCCGGCUCUGCUUCCUCUCGCCCAGCCGCCCAGGUGCCGAGCGGACCGGGCAGCCGUCUGCGCCCGCCUAGCUCCACGGUUGAAAAAAAAAAGUGAGGGUGAAAAAUCAACAGAAUAAGAGACAUUUCCUCAAAUUUGCAUCAAGAUGGAAACCUUUUGCUUCAGGGUGUCCUUUUGGGUGGCACUGGUUGGAUGUGUAAUUAGUGAUAAUCCUGAGAGCUACAGCACAAAUCUAAGCACUCAUAUGGACGAUUUUACCACUUUUCGUGGGACAGAGCUCAGCUUCCUGGUUACCACUCAUCGACCCACUAAUUUGGCCCUACCCAGCAAUGGCUCAAUGCACAACUAUUGUCCACAGCGGACUAAGAUUACUUCAGCUUUCAAAUACAUUAACACCGUGAUAUCUUGUACUAUUUUCAUCGUGGGAAUGGUGGGGAACGCAACUCUGCUCAGAAUCAUUUACCAGAACAAGUGUAUGAGGAACGGACCCAACGCGCUGAUAGCCAGCCUUGCCCUUGGAGACCUUAUCUAUGUGAUCAUUGAUAUCCCCAUCAAUGUAUUUAAGCUGUUGGCUGGGCGCUGGCCUUUUGAUCACAAUGACUUUGGCAUAUUUCUAUGCAAGCUGUUCCCUUUUUUGCAGAAGUCUUCAGUGGGGAUCACCGUCCUCAAUCUCUGUGCUCUCAGUGUUGACAGGUACAGAGCUGUUGCUUCCUGGAGUCGUGUUCAGGGAAUUGGGAUUCCCUUGGUCACUGCCAUUGAGAUUGUCUCCAUCUGGAUCCUUUCUUUUAUCCUGGCCAUCCCUGAAGCAAUUGGCUUCGUCAUGGUGCCCUUUGAAUACAAGGGUGAACAGCAUAAUACCUGUAUGCUCAAUGCCACAUCAGCGUUCAUGAAGACUGGAGAGAGGUCCCUCCACGCCCUUGCUGAUGACAUCAGUUCAAAAGGAAUUUGUGACCCCUUUGUCUAUAGGCCUCUGCCAUGGAGGGGGCAAGGGGACUCCAUCCAGGCCCCUCAGGGGGUCAUCUUUCAGGCCCUCUGUAACUGCAUUUGGGCAUUCACUCCAGCCAGCAAUGCACCUGGACGAAGGGGAUACAAAUUGAAGAGGUUCUACCAAGAUGUGAAGGACUGGUGGCUGUUCGGCUUCUACUUCUGCAUGCCCUUGGUGUGCACCGCAAUUUUCUACACCCUCAUGACUUGUGAGAUGUUAAACAGAAGGAAUGGAAGUUUGAGAAUUGCCCUCAGUGAACAUCUUAAACAGCGUCGAGAAGUGGCAAAAACAGUUUUCUGCUUGGUUGUAAUUUUUGCUCUUUGCUGGUUCCCUCUUCAUUUAAGCCGUAUUUUGAAGAAAACCGUGUAUGAUGAGAUGGACAAGAACCGAUGUGAAUUACUUAGUUUCUUGCUGCUCAUGGAUUAUAUCGGCAUUAACUUGGCAACUAUGAAUUCAUGUAUAAACCCAAUAGCUCUAUAUUUUGUGAGCAAGAAAUUUAAAAAUUGUUUUCAGUCUUGCCUCUGCUGCUGCUGUUACCAGUCCAAAAGUCUGAUGACCUCAGUCCCUAUGAAUGGAACCAGCAUCCAGUGGAAGAACCAUGAACAAAACAACCACAACACAGAGAGGAGUAGCCACAAGGAUAGUAUAAACUAAACAGCUUAAGAAACAUUAAUCAAUAUUCCUUCAAACCUUAUUGGAGAAAAAAAACACAGCAACUAUGUCUCCAGAAGUCUCUUCUCUCAUGACUCAGACCUACGCCUGGAAAAUGCUUUCCAAAACAUCAGAGAGUGGACUGUCUUAUGCCCACAAAUUCAAUGACUCUUACUUCUUUAAUUUAUCUAAUUUACGUAUUCUGUAUGUUAUAUUCAACACUAAAAAAUGGUGAGAGUUGUCAGGGGAUAGGGAGACUGUUAAAUGAAAACAGAAGGAUAUUUACUACUUUUGCAUGAAAACCGUUUUCACAUGCAUGCCUAGCUUUCACGGCUGUUCUGUCAAAUGUUUAAUGAGAACUGGUCACCAUGAAAGUUCGGAGGUUAUAAAAUAGAGAUAUUUUUUAAAUGGUUUUGGUGUUUUUUUGCAAACACGGUAUGGGCAUAAGUCACCUUUAUUUUGACAUGUCAUUCAGUGCCAGUAUUUUUUAACUGCAUAGCAGCCUAAAAAUAAUUAUUUGAGCUCAUUUUGUAAAAAAAAAAAAAAAAAAGUAAAACAAUUUAGUGAAAAAUUAGGUUGUUUCUCAUGCCACUGUGGGGUUUUUUUUAACAUAAAUUUUCAAGCUGCAACAAAUACAGAACUAAAGCACAAAUUGAUAACCACACAUGGCAGUUUAAUAGCUGCUAUUCAAAGAAUUUUUAAGAACCUAUUUUUUGAUGGUGUUUCAUUACAGGAUAUCCUGAACAUUUUUUCAUCUUAAAUUUUAAUAAAAUAAUGCUUGAAUCAAAUAGUUCUAUUUUUCAUAAGCCCAAUUUAUUUUUAAUGUCUUUUAUGUACAAUCAAUAUCAUAUACCAAAAUGUAAAGGUACGUGUCGUUUAACUAUACCCAAGACUUUCAGUUUAAUGCAUAGAAGUCUAAACCUAGGAGAAUAGAAUUGAAUAUUUUUAGAAGAUUUGGAAAUUUUCACUGAGGUUUUUUAGUAAUAGUAACAUGUAUAUGUAUGUAUAUGCAUACAUAUAUAUGUACAUAUAUGCAUAUAUGUGUGUAUGUAUAUAUAGUGUACAUAUCACCUCAUAUUCUUUGUUUUAAAUGUUAACUGGCAGAAAGACUUUUUUUGAUCAUUCCCUUUUCCAUAGAGUAAACAUAAUUUCAAAGUGGCUGGCUGAGUUUAUCAUGUCAGUGAAUAUAAUCACCCCAAAGGCCACCAUGAACUAUGCUUCCUCACUUCUCUGGGUUUCCAGUGUGAACUUAAACACCUCCCCCUCUCCCACAAUUCACAUGGUCACCAUUUGAAAGGGCCCACAGUGACUUUUGCUGGGUAUUUUCCAAAAUGUUUACAGACUGUGAGUAGAGCAGAAAAUCUUUUAGCAUGUGUGUGUGUGUAUAUAUGUAUACAACUGUACAUAUCUUCUAGCCAAUUUUUCUGUUAUUAUCUCUAUGGAAUAUAUUUGUAUGUGUGAUACAUGCAUGUGUGUGAUGUUAUGUAUGGACGUAUGUAAUCUAAUAAUGAUGCCUUGUAGCUGUGCCAAAGCACACACUUGGACUGGAAUCUAGGUGGUUGUUUAUCAUGACAGUCGGCCUCAGUCAGUUUUAAUCUGUGUUCAUAAAGCAUGUGACUAUGUCACCGUUACAAGUGGAACAUGGGAGGCAGCAUGAAAGGGGACGAGUCAUGGGUUAACAAUAGGGUUUUAUUUGCUUGGUUGGUUGGCUGAUUGGCUGGUUUGAUAAAACAAUAUUUGGGGUUGUUGGAACAAAUGUCAUUAAACUAUGAGUAAUUAUAUAGUCUUAAUACUCAACUAAACUCAGUGAUAAGGUUGACAAGUAAUCUAAUGUGUAUAUCAGACUACACCAAGCAUAUUCCUGAUGAUAAAUUAGCUAAUAAUUUGUUGGGCUGCGUUUUAGCACCGUCACAUAUAAAAUGAUAUCAGGUUCCAAUGGACCCCCUUGCAGGGCUUUUUGAUGUGUAAGCAGUCGAAUUCCAUUAUUCCGCUGGUACAUACCAUGCACUGAUAUAUACCCAUAAUGUAAGCCAUAAACUCACACCAUUUUGUUUAAACAACUAUUUUUUUGUUUAAGAAACUUUCUCUCUUGCAUAUGCAUAAUGCAUUUUAUAAAUUCAGAAAGUCAUAGCUUUCCUAAUAACCACACAGGCUUCAAUGGACAUUUUGUUUAUGGACUGGUAAGUAACUGUGGUUUACUAGUAGGAAUAUUUCCAGUUUCUACUUUUACCACAUCUUUCCAAGUAAAACUGUAGAAAUGAGCCAAAAGCCAAGGCCCUGCAUUGGCAGUGGCCUGUAAGUAUAAAAUAAAGUUUACAGAAGCCUU